AUGUCCUACGACGAGAAACGCUAUGCCGACUUGAUAUACGAUAUUUUGCGCCAAAGCGACCUCGAUACCGUCUCGGCAAAGAAGAUUCGCAAUGCUCUUUCUGAGAAACUGGGCUAUGACGUUAGCGAACACAAGAAAGAGAUCAGCGGCUUGAUCGAAGGCUGCUUCGACAGAGUGACCUCUGAGAAUGCGAAUGGUACCAAUGGCGCUUCUCCCUCCCCCGACUCCUCCCCCCAGAAGCGCAAAGAACCCUCUGAUGAGUCCGACCUGUCAGAUGUAGUAGACGACAGACCGAAAAAGAAACGCAAGCAGGCUGCCGAGGAAGACGAUGCCGCCUACGCCGCCCGUCUACAACGUGAAGAGAACAGCAGAGCUCGACCUACCAGAGCUGGCGCAACCAGGAAAACAGCACCCGUAAAGAGAAAGAAGAAGUCGGCAGCCAAAGUCAAGGACGGUAGUGACGUCGAGACCAACGGCGAGCCCAAGGAACGUAAAGGUGGCUUUCACAAACCCAUGAACCUGUCAGAGCCCCUAGCAGCCCUACUCGGAGAGGUACAACUAUCACGACCCCAGACAGUCAAGAAGAUCUGGGAGUACGUCAAGUCAAGAGACCUACAAGAUCCAGCCGACAAGCGACAGAUUGUAUGCGACGACGCCAUGCGUGCUGUCUUCAAAGUCGAUCGCGUCCACAUGUUCACCAUGAACAAGAUUCUGAAUCAGAACUUGUACGCGGCCGAAGACGUUGUAAACCCCAAUCCUGCUCCGGAAGCCACUUCUGAAACUGCUGCGGUCGCUCCUUCUGAAUCCGGUCCUCCUUCUUCCUCUCCGGCACCCAAGUUGGAAUCAUCACCACAAUAA